AUGACGACAUGUCCAAUACUCCCAUUUGAUGAGACACGGUGGAUCAUCCGAAUUCGCCGGAUUUUCGAUGAGGAGAUCGAGCUCGGUGAGGACCAGCCAAUCUGCGUAUUUGACGUCCCCAAGCCUCUGCUGUGUACUAGACCUGAAGCUUACAUCCCUCAAUUGGUGGCCCUUGGCCCUUACCACCAUUGCCGCGAAGAACUGGGUGACAUGGAGAGGUACAAGCUCUCGGCGGCGAAGAGAGCCCAGAGCCACCUCCCAGCCACGGAUUUUCAACAGCUUGUCGCCGUCUUCACGAAACUAGAGCACCUGAUUCGUGCUCACUACCACAGGCAUCUCAAUCUGAGCAACGAGACGCUAGGAUGGAUGAUGGCGAUCGACGUGUCCUUCCUUCUCGAGUUCCUGCAGACUUUCAGCAAGAACAGCAGCCAGAGGGCACUGCAGAGGAUCCCGUCCAGGAUGUCGCAUCUGGUCGAUCCCUCUCGCAGGACAUCCUCGCACAGCAUGCUGCUACGGGACAUGGUGAUGCUAGAGAACCAGGUCCCUCUCUUUCUGCUCCUGAAGGCGCUCGAGACCCGGGGCUCGUCGGCGCAGCCCGUGCUGAGCUCCAUGAUGACCGGGUUCUUCCAGGAGGUAUCCACGUUCAGAGGAAUUGGCUGUCCGUGCACCGACGUCAACCGGCACGCCCACCUGCUGGAUUUCCUGUACUCUAACAUGGUGCCUGGGUGUACUGAAGAAUCCCAUGGCGCUACGGGGGAAGCCGGAGACGAGUCACGCCACAGACAUGAUCGCAGGAAGAGGACACUGAACUCAGCCAUGGAGUUGCUUGUCAGGCGCGGUUCAAAGAUCAUGUCCGUGGUGAUAGAUUUCAUGCUGAGGUUUCUGCUAAAGUUUAUAGCUAGCCUUCCUUGCCUCUCAAUACUCGGAGAGCCCAUCGAGCAGCUGACGCAGCAAGCGUCCGAACCAAGAGGCGCAUCAGGUGCUCAGAACAAGGACACAUCUCCCCUGCUUGAAGAGAUCGCAGUGCCAUCUGUCGCGGAGCUAGCGUACACCGGCGUUAGGUUCUGCCCAACGGUCGGCGACCUCUCCAUGAUCGACUUCUGCCCGGCGACGGCGACGCUGCACCUGCCGGUGAUCGGCGUCGAUAUCAACAGCGAGGUCGUCCUGCGGAACCUGGUGGCGUACGAGGCGUCGGUGGCCGCCGGGCCGCUGGUCCUGGCGCGCUACGUGGAGCUGAUGAACGGGAUCAUCGACACCGAGGAGGACGCCCGGGUGCUGAGGGAGUGCGGCGUCAUCCUGAACCACCUCAACAGCGACCAGGAGGUGGCCGAGCUGUGGAACGGCAUGACGAGGUCGGUGAGGCUGACGAGGGUGCCGGCGCUGGACAAGGUGAUCGACGACCUGAACAGGCACCACGGCGGCUGCUGGAAGGUGAGGGUCAGGACGUUCGUGAGGGCGCACGUCCUCGGAUCGAGGGAGCUGCUCGCCUGCGUCGCCGUGGUUCUGCUGGUGCUCUUCAUCGGACUCCAGGCGUUCUGCGUCGUUCGUGGCUGCGUCCCUGUCUCGUACGGGAUGGCCAGCAGAAAAAUCGGUGCCUGA